ACAGAAAUGAUUUAAAAUAAUUUCAGUAAUAUUUAUACCAGAUGUUCUUAGAAGACGACAACGAAAUUUAAAAUGACCCCAAUACUUUAUUUGAUGAGACCGUGAAUCAUCAUUAUUUUGAUCUGACGAGAUGGAAAAGAACAUAAUCUAUCCAAAAGUUCCUGUUUAUACAUACAUUUCAUAAGUGCACAGCUGUAUUAGCCGUCAUAACCCGAAGGAAGCUGCGACUUAUCUCGGAAAUUGCAAGGCGGAUGCUGUGCCACGGACGGCAUUGAGGACCAAUCAUACGAUCACAAAUGACCACCGCUGGAAGGUAAGUUUAGAAUGCGCAGUUUGCGAAGUCAGUUACUUAGACGCAUAACAUUUGCUAAUGCAUUUAUGUAUGAUGUUUCAAGAUGUUACGAGUACAAAACAUAUAAAGCUAAGAGCCUAGGCUACGAGUAAGUAUUUAAGUAAUGAUGUAGGUAUAUGGACCAUAAUUUGGCUGCUAUCUACUGACGCAUGCUGUAAUAAAGCAUUUUAUUGUCCCAAAUACAAGACUUAUGUAAAAGUAGAACGAUUCGGUAAAUGGAACAAGUAAAGUGUGAAGAAUACUGCGGCUUUGAUUGAUCAAUUUCGUCCUCUUUGAGGUCGCUAUCGGGGUCACUCUUAUUUACUAUGCCUUUUCGGUACACGACAGUAGCCAUAGCAACCAAUUAUUUUGACCAUUUGAAAGAACGCGUUUAUUGCAGUGGUUUUCUUUGUAUUGAUGAUUUUAUUUAAGUAGUGAUAAUCAUUUUAGGUUUUCUUUUAUAUAAACUACACGAUCAUGGCUACGGCAACCCCACCAAAUAUUUCUGCUAGGAUAUUCUACGGACUGCGUACAGAUAUUCAGUACAAUGCCCAUUAUUUGACGGAAUCGGAAAUCAUAUACCCAGCUGGGGGAGUGAUUGUCAUUCACAAUCAUCUUCAGAAGAAGCAGAAGUUUAUAAGGCUUCAGGACAAACACAAGCCUAUCAAAUCAUUAGUUUUAGCGCCAAAUAGACGAUGGCUGGCACUCAAUGAAAUAGCUGAAGAAGGGCAGAAGCCUAUAAUAACAAUAUACGACUUGACAACAUACAAAAGGCGAAAAAUCUUGACCGUCCCCUUCGAAAAUUCGACGGCUAGAGAAUUCGCAUGUGUACAAUUUACGUAUGAUUCAAAGUAUCUCGUCGCAAUAACAGGGGAGCCUGAUUGGUAUUUGUAUUAUUACAAUUGGGACAAGGGGAAGGUGGAGAGUCAUGCAAAGGCGCAGAACCCAAGCGGGCAAGGAGUAGUCGAAAGUGUGCAAUGCAACCCUUCGGAUGCUACUUUGGUGGUCAUUACAGGGCCUUACACUUUCCGCAUCAUGAAUGUUUCGGAAACGGUUUGGAGGCAAUGGGGGUGGUGUAAGGCUGAAAAUAUCAACAUAACCACCGCCAUGUGGUUGACGCCGGAUCGCAUCAUGUUCGGGACAGACAACGGCGUCAUCAUGAUGGUGGAAAACGGCGAGCUCAGGCAGAACUGCAUCUUUAAAGCUGCCGAGGUUCUAGAAAUGUCCCUGAAGAAAGUUGAAGCUGAGGCAGAAGAAACUGCUGAGAAGGCGAGUACUUCAAGCAAACAAGAGGAAACGAGCGACACAGGUGCUGCUGGUGGCGUUGAACUCCUCGAAGAAAGUUACCCUGUCACUUGCUUUGUGAACUUUCCAAAAGGGUUCGCAUUUGCUUGUGGGCCUGGUUAUGUGCACAUGUUUGAGAAAGAAACGCCACACCAUUGGAGAAAGAGGAACCUGUUCAGGAUAUCCAAGAAGUCCUACAAGCACACACGGGACAACCCACUCUGGUCUCCACUUGAUGCCAUUCAGCACAUCACGAUAGAUCCUAACCAGGAAACGCUGCUCAUCACGACUUUGCGGAAGCAGUUGUAUUACGUGAAGCUAUUUGGGGUGCAUAUGUUACAGAACCCUGAAAUCUCCUUCACGGAGCUUGGCCCAGCAAUGCAUUACGGACGAAUAAACUCCCUUUCCAUGUGCGCGUGGAAGCCAAUCUUCAUGACCUCCGGGGAACAGGACAAGAGCAUCAGGAUAUGGAACUACAUGACCGACGACAUAGAGUUGAUCAGACUCUACCAGGAGGAAAUACACUGCGUUUCUUUACAUCCCACUGGUUUAUUCGCUAUCGUCGGAUUUUCAGACAAGCUGCGUUUUAUGGUGGUACUGAUCGACGAUUUUGAAGUCAUGCGAGAGUUUCCUAUAAGAAACUGCAAGCAGGCCAAAUUCAGCACUAACGGUCACCUGUUCGCCGCAGUCAAUGGUCAAGUCAUACAGGUGUUUUCGUCAGUGUCCUUCCAGAAUGUUUAUAACUUGAAGGGUCAUAACGGCCGGGUAACAUGCCUGGCGUGGUCAACCAACGAUCUGACCCUGGUAUCUUGCGGCACAGAGGGCGCUGUAUACGAGUGGAGUAUGUCUACCGGACAGCGAGUCGGGGAGGUCAUACUCAAGACCAACCAGUUCAACGCAUGCGCCGUUAACAGCAUCGGAAAAACUACAUACGGAAUCGGCUCGGACGGCGAAAUCAAAGAAAUCGGAUCAAACACCAUUCGAAGGAACCUACCCUUAAUCGGAUGUGCACUAGACACGAUCGUGCUAUCUCGCUCUGACAUGAUGCUCUUCAUAACUGGUGGAGAAGGAGGAGUGACUACCGUCCAACUGCCGCUAUUGGAUAAGGCUGUGUUUAAUGAAUUUCACAUGCACAAUAAGAAAGUGACUUCCAUUGCCUUGUCGUAUGACGACCAAACGUUAGUGUCGGUAGCAGAAGAUUCCUCUAUCUGUCUGUGGAGGCUGACAAACGCAGAUGGGAGAGCGAUUGCUUUAGACAAGGAUUUCGCAUAUUCGAAAGAGAUUUUGAUCAGCAAGAAAGAUUUGCAAGAGAAAAUAAACAGUAUCAAUUUGCUUAGCACAAGGAUGAGUGAGUUGGAGACGGAGCACACGUACCAGUUGCGACAAGCGGAGGCCACACAGGCGGAGAAGUUGAAAGAAGUCCAUGAAGGGUACUGCGCUGCCAUUGAAGAACUCAAAGAGAAGAAUGAGACGAUGGAGAAUGAACACACGCACGAGAUUGGUAUGAUCCAGCAAGACAUAGCCAAGCUGCGCUCAGGCCACGAGCGGACGUUACAGGCUCUUGAGGCUGACUUCAACAUUAGACUCAUCAGCGAGUACGACCGGUAUCAAAGCCUCGAAGACAAAACAGCCCGAAUGAGGAAAGAUUACGAGCAACGGUUGGAAGACCUCGCCGAAAGCAAGCGCCAGGCUCUCAGAGAAAUGAACAAAAUGUUUGAGGCGAGACUCGAAGAGAAGGACAUGUUACUAUUAGAGUUACAAGAGCAAGCUGAUAUGGAAACGAAAGAACACGAAACUAUAAAGGCCUCAAUAGAAGAAGACGCCGAUCGUGAAAUUAUAGAAAUUAGAACGGCGUAUGAAGUGCAGCUGAAAGAAGAGAAAGACGCCAAUGUGCGUUUAAAAGGCGAGACCGGACUCAUGAAGAAGAAACUUAUAAGCGCCAAUAAAGAAAUAGACGAGUUUAAACAUCAAAUCUCACAGUUGAAAGCGGAACAUAAACAAUUUCAAAAAGUUAUUUCUACUUUGGAAAGAGACGUAGCCGACCUAAAAAAAGAAAUAUCAGAAAGAGAUGGUACUAUUCAAGAUAAGGAGAAGAGAAUUUAUGAAUUGAAAAGAAAAAAGCAGGAACUGGAAAAAUACAAGUUUGUCUUGAAUUUCAAGAUAACUGAACUAAAAAAUCAGAUAGAGCCUAAGGAAAGAACCAUCAGAGAACUUAAGGUUCAGAUUGAUGACAUGGAGAAUGAGGAACUAAAAUUACUGAACGUAAAACAUGACCUCGAACUUAAAAUCAAUCAGCUGAACGAAAAGUUAGCAUCGGCCAAGAAGGAUUACCUGAGCGAAGCCGAUCGAAAUAUGACAUUGAAGAACACAUUGAAAAAGAUAAAAAUUGAUUUACAUAACAUGACAGCGAAUUUCCAAGACCCAACUAAACUCAAACUCAAUGUUAAAGCUCUCUUCCACAAAUACGUGGAAGAUAUAGACUUCGUGCGCAGCCGCAUCGCGGAGGAUGAAGCGAUACGGGAGUUCAACCGCCAGCGCGACCACUUGGAGAAGCAGGUGGCAGCCCUCAAGCAACAACUGGCUAAGUCCCUUGGAGGCUCUAAGAGCGACAUCGGCAAGAUCAUGGACGAAAACUGCACACUGUUGUCUGAAAUCAACAACCUACGUACGGAGCUGAAGUCAACGCGAACGCGGUGCUUCCAAAUGGAAUCGAUCCUUGGACUCUCGGCUCGAUAUAUUCCGCCUGCCACCGCUCGAGCGAAGUUGAAAUACUUCACUGAAGACCGGGAGAAGCUGGAUGAAAGAUUCAAGCAGAGAAUUGAGGAAAGAGAAGAAAUAAUAGUCGCUCUCAAAGAGGAAAACGACCGUCUUCUCGGUAAGAUUAGAUGCGUUGAAGAGAUCCCGAGGUUUUCCGACUCCGAACCUGCCAUGCCUACAGAAUAGCGAUGUUUUUUUAAGUUAUUAUGAUAAUAAAUUACCACAAUUUUCCAUCAUGACGAAUUUUUAAUGCAACUAAAAAUAUUAAUUACGCUUGUUCUAUUACUAUUAAUAUUAAGACUAGUUUCCUUCUCAUGGCCAAACAGUUAAUUGGUUGAACUAGAAUAUUUUUUCCUUCUCUAAACAAACCUGCCUUUGCCUGAACAAACUUUGUGGGUACAAUAAUAACGAUAAUAUUUAGAUUAAGAAAGUAUUUAUUAAAUUUAAAUGCACUGGUUGAUUGCCUAUGAAUUGCUUCACAAUAUUUGCCCGAAAUAAAGUAACAUAAAAAUUAUCUUAGAACUAAAUAACGACGUUCUAUGAAGUUUAAAUGCCCUUU